AUGGCCGACGAGAACAGUGAACGUAUCCGCGUCGACGAAGGUUUUGUCGAUAGCCUCGGCAUCGACGAACUCGCGGAUCGCAUCGUGCGGGAGCGGUACCGUCGAAGUGGUGCCCGUCCGAGUCCGGGAAUGUAUCCGCCGAGCAAUGGCGCGUCUGCGGACCACGGUUUCGUGUCGGCGGACUCGUCGCCGGUGCCUCGCGCGGCGAUCCAACGCGACGUUACGCCGCCGCCGGUGCCCGAGCCGCGUCGUCCCAACGGACAGCAGACGCAACCCGACUACGGACAGCAGACGCAACCCGACUUGCUAAGCGCCCUCGAUGGCGGCGGCACCGACGACCUAGAGUCGCUCGUCGACGCGAUCGUUUCCGGCAAUGCGGGGGCUCCACCACGUCUUCCCGGCGACGUGAGUCACCCAGGAUUCGAUGACGGCGACGAUCAGUUUCAGAUCGAACGCAAUGAAGCUCCAUUCCCGGUGUUUCGAACCGAAGCGCCACGCGGUGAGAUGCUGGACGACGUGAUCAUCGAGCCGCCGCUGACGGCACCGCCGGUCCCUUCGUCGUCAUCGCCCGGCACGCCUUCGUCUUCAUCGCCGAGCGCGACACCAAUGCCAUCUUCGUCGUCAUCGCCAGGCGCACAGCCCGAGAUGCCACAUCAGAUGACGGGCCCCAUGCUUGCGCAAGGCGACAUGGUGACGGACCGGUAUCGCAUCGUCGGUCUGUUGGGCGAGGGCGGUGUUUCGGUUGUGUAUCGCGCGGAGCACAUGCUCCUAAUGAAACACGUUGCGCUGAAGUUGAUGCGGCCUGAGUUGUCGAGCAUGCCGACGGCGCGCGAACGCUUCGCACUCGAAGCGCGCUCCGUGUGUCAGCUCGAUCAUCCAAAUAUCGUCCGCGUCACGGACUUCGGUUAUGCGAAUGACGGGCGAAUGUUCCUGGUCAUGGAUCUGAUCGAAGGGGAGUCGCUCGGCGCCGUUAUGGAUCGGUUCGAGCGGUUAGAGCCGGCGAUGGCGCUCACGAUCACGAUGCAGCUCCUUCGCGGUCUUCGUCACGCGCACGAACGGGGCGUCGUCCACCGUGAUCUCAAGCCGGACAACAUUGUGAUCACGACGCGCGACGGGGAUCAGCAGCCGAAGAUUCUCGACUUCGGCAUCGCCAAGAUUACCGACCAGCAGCAAGGCAAGCGAUCGAUCACGCAGGCUGGGACCGUGUUUGGUACGCCGCGAUACAUGUCGCCGGAGCAGGCGGCGGGCGAGCCAAUUGAUCUCCGCACCGACAUCUACACGAUGGGUGUGAUCAUGUACCAGCUCCUCACCGGGCGCCUUCCGUUCGACGGAACCUCAACGGUACAGAUCCUCUCUCGUGUGUUGACGCAGCCGCCGCCGGCGAUGGCGCUCAACACUCCAACUCGAGAAGUUGGCCGCGCGCUAGAGGCAUUGGUGCUCAAGGGGCUCGAGAAGGAGCGCGAGAAUCGUUACGGCUCGGCGACCGAAAUGUUGAUGACGAUCGAAGCCGUCGCUCGUCAGCGCCGCCUAUUCGGCUGA